UACAUUUGGACCCCGUCAGUGUUGUUAUGUUUUUCAGAUCGUUGGUGGCGAGUGCAUGCACACUUGGUGUUCUUGGAGCUGCUUCAUAUAAAUUUGUCCCAACGCAAGUCAGAGCGUUACUGCACUCCAGUGUAAGAAAAUCGUCUCUUGUGGAACAAACAGACAUGAAGAUAGAGUUACUACCGGCCCUGACAGAUAACUAUAUGUACCUUCUCAUUGAUGAAGACACGAAGGAAGCUGCAAUUGUGGAUCCUGUCGAACCAGUGAAGGUUGUAGAGGCUGUGAAAAAGCAUGGAGUGAAACUCAAGACUGUACUGACUACUCAUCAUCACUGGGAUCAUGCUGGUGGCAAUGAAAAGAUGGUGAAGCUGGUGCCAGGGCUAACAGUGUAUGGAGGAGAUGACAGAGUGGGAGCCCUCACUAAGAAAGUAACACACCACAACACUUUCAAAGUGGGUUCACUGGAUGUAAAAUGCUUAUUUACUCCUUGUCACACCACUGGACACAUCUGUUACUAUGUGACAAAAGAAAACAGCUCCGAACCCCCAGCUGUGUUCACGGGGGACACGUUGUUCGUGGCUGGCUGUGGGAAGUUUUUUGAGGGUACCGCUGAAGAGAUGUACAAAGCUUUAAUUGACAUUUUAGGACAUCUGCCCCCUGAAACGCGUGUCUUCUGCGGCCAUGAGUACACCAUCAGUAAUCUGAAAUUUGCACGACAUGUUGAACCAGGCAAUGAAGUCAUUCGUAAAAAGUUAGCCUGGGCUAAGGAGAAAUAUUCAAAUGGGGAGCCCACGAUUCCUUCGACUAUUGCUGAUGAGUUCACCUUUAAUCCCUUCAUGAGAGUGAGGGAGAAGUCUGUACAAUCACAUGCAGGUAUGAGCGAUCCCAUCGAUACAAUGAGAAGCAUCCGUAAAGAAAAAGACGGCUUUAGGGUCCCCAAGGACUAAAGAACCGAACCCGAAAGAACAAAAAAAAAAGGAAUAAGUUCCACUCUACGAUGCAGAGACGCUUACAUCAUGCUGUUACUAACAGUCGUAAUGACCACUUCAUACUAGACACUACUACAUAAGCCUAAUGUUAUAACAUAUUUUAGUAAGUGGUACAAGCCAAAUAAGAAUGUGUAAUAACGUUCCAUCCAAAUAAGGCUCUGUGGUGUUUUAGAUGUAUUUUCAGAAUGUAUAGGUAAAACUCUAUAGAGCUUGUAUAUUAUAUUCAUAGAGAUAUAUUACAAAUGUCACUGUCAAAGUCACAGGUUGUGCAUGUGGCUGCAGAUCUUGCAUUUCUGUCAACUUUUUGGUCUAUUUAUGGUGUAAACUUUAUUUGUCUGGAUUUAAAGUAAUGAAUAGAAAACUGAAUGAGUAGCACAAAUCAGAAAGCUUGCCACACAGCAUGGUAGACUGCAAAUACUAUGUCAUAACUUAAUAUAAAGCAGGGAAAUUCUUACUGAAGAGAAUAUAUGUGUUUUACAUAAUGUGCAAUGUCUUUGUAAAUUUGAAAGUAAUUAUUUUUAAUUCUUAAAUGUAACAGUCUUUGUUACUAUGUCGUGCCCUAAAUAAGAAUUACAUAUAAUACAUGUACAGUUGGUUUGUCAUUGUGUUGUGUUGUUUUAAUAUGAUUUCCCACAAAAUCAAUGAUCUUUAACUAUGGUUGGUAAUGUUCUGUUAAUUGAUAUUAAGUUUCAUCGUUUUAUCAGUUUAUUUCAAGCACAAGAGAGAGAGAAGGUUUGCAUAAUUGUAAAUGCAUUGUUUUGAGUAUUGUCAAGCCAAUCUUGCACUUUCUAUUAUUAAAAGUCAACGACUGUCUUUUGCCCA